AUGUCAGAUACUCUUGGUGAUUAUACUUCAAUCGUUGUUUUUGGGGCUUCAGGAGAUUUAGCAAAGAAAAAGACUUUCCCUGCGUUAUUCGGAUUAUUCAGAGAAGGUGAAUUACCUUCCACUGUCAAAAUUAUAGGUUAUGCUAGAUCAAAAUUGUCAGAUGAAGAUUUCAAAACCAGAAUUUCCGAACAUUUCAAAAUCAAAAAAGAUGAACAAAAAUCAAAAAUUGAUGAAUUUUUGAAAUUGUGUAGUUACGUUCAAGGUCCUUAUGAUACUGCUGAAGGUUACCAUGCUUUAAAUAAAGAAAUUGAAGAUUAUGAAAAAUCUAAUGCUAGUGCUAAAGCUGAAAGAUUAUUUUAUUUAGCUUUACCACCAUCAGUUUUUUCAACCGUUGGUAAAAAUUUGAAAGAGCAUGUUUAUCCAUCAAAUGGUAGAGUUAGAUUAAUUGUUGAAAAACCAUUUGGUCAUGAUUUAGAAAGUUCAAAUCAAUUACAAAAAGAAUUAGCCCCAUUAUUCACUGAAGAAGAAUUAUAUAGAAUUGAUCAUUAUUUAGGUAAAGAAAUGGUUAAGAAUUUAUUAGUUUUAAGAUUUGGUAAUGAAUUAUUGAAUGCUGCUUGGAAUGCUAAACACAUUAGAUCAAUUCAAAUCAGUUUUAAAGAAGCUUUUGGUACUGAAGGUAGAGGUGGUUAUUUUGAUUCAAUUGGUAUUAUCAGAGAUGUUAUGCAAAAUCAUAUUUUACAAGUUUUAACUUUAUUAACUAUGGAAAGACCAACUUCUUUCGAUCCUGAAGCUAUCAGAGAUGAAAAAGUCAAAGUUUUAAAAGCUAUUGAAAAAUUCGAUCAUGAAGACAUUCUAAUUGGUCAAUAUGGUAAGAGUGAAGAUGGUUCAAAACCUGGUUAUUUGGAUGAUGAUACUGUUGAUCCAAAAUCUAAAUGUAUCACUUAUGCUGCUCUUGGUUUGAAAAUCUCAAAUGAAAGAUGGGAUGGUGUUCCAAUUGUUAUAAGGGCUGGUAAAGCUUUAGAUGAAUCUAAAGUUGAAAUCAGAGUUCAAUAUAAACCUGUUGCAAAAGGUGUAUUCAAAGAAAUCCAAAACAAUGAAUUAGUUAUCAGAAUUCAACCAAAUGAAGCUGUUUAUAUGAAAAUCAAUUCUAAGAUUCCUGGUAUUUCAACUGAAACUUCAUUGACUGAAUUAGAUUUAAGUUAUGCUACUAGAUUCUCAAAAGAUUUCUGGAUUCCAGAAGCUUAUGAAGCUUUGAUUAGAGAUUGUUUCUUAGGUAAUCACUCAAAUUUCGUCAGAGAUGAUGAAUUAUCAAUCAGUUGGGGAUUAUUCACUCCAUUAUUGAAUUACUUAGAAUCAAAAGAUGGUCCUCAACCAGAAAUCUAUCCUUAUGGUUCAAAAGGUCCAAAAGAUUUGAGAAAAUUCUUAAACAAGCAUGGUUAUGUCUUCAAUGAAGAAGGAACUUAUCAAUGGCCAUUAACUGCUCCUAAUGUUAAAGGUAAAAUUUAG